AUGUCGAGAGGAACUAAAUCUACAAUGUCCUACAAGGAUAAAGCAAAUCUGAAAUUUGUGGAGCAAGAAGAGCCAGCGUUUAUCAAGGCGAUGAAAGCAAAAAUGGGAUAUAAGGAACCGGCAAAACUGGAGGAUAAAGUGAGUUUUUUGAAUGAAAAAUCUUGAUGAAAUCUAGUUUUUUUAUAGUUCGACGAUGAAGGUCCGUCAAAUUUCGACGACGAUGAAACAGAACUUUUGAGAAUGAAAGAAGAAGAUCGACCACAAGUUGUAGUUCUCAAUGAAUCGACUGAUUUGACGAAAGAGCAGUUGGAAAAAGAGCUGGAAGUUAUUCGAAAAGAGGAGGAUGAUCAGAAGAUUGCAGAGGGCAAGAUUACAUUCAAAAAACCAGUGAAAAGAUUGGCUGAAGGGGAAAAAGAAGAGGAUGAUAAAAAGAAGAAGAAAACGGUUAUUGCAGAGCCCAAGAAGACGCUAUUAUCAUUUGGGGAUGAUGAGGAGGAAGAUGAAUAA